GUCAACAAAAUAAUCUAGGUGGACUAUGGAAACACAAAUGUAGAAAUAGAAUGGCCUUUGAGUCACCAGAUGCCCCUUUCACCUAGCCUUCUCUGUAUGUUCAUAUAUAGAUGAAAGAAAUAUUUCCAAACACCUUCUUCACCUUUUUCUGUGUUCUCCUGACGCUGGAAACUAGGGAACCAAAGGCAAGAGGAUGCAUUUCCAAUCUCCCCUCAACCUAUGAAAUGAGGUAAUUCAGACACCAGUCAGCUAAGUUAAAAUAUUUGCCGUUUGAAGCCAUCAACAAAGAUAAAGUGACACUCAACUUUGCGUGAUUGCUCCCUGCUUAGCACUCGAGAUAAUAGAUUAUAUCUAUCGAGAGAGCUAGGUAGACAUUUGAAAGAGAUCCAAGUAUUGGGUAUCAAUUAUAAAGGCACAAUGAUCUCAAAUGAGAAUGGAGAGCACAAAGAUGAAAUCCAGGAGGAACUGGAGAGAGGAACAACAGGCACCAGAAUGAGGCUUGUGGAUUACAUCCCCAUCUACAUUCCGACAGUUGAGAAGGGACUCUUGGAUCAGAGCCACCAGAAGAAAAGAUUUCUAGAUUUUCUAAGAGCCCAUCCAUCCAAAGAUUGGUUUCUUAGGUCUGGUUUUGUCGGUAGACUGUCUCCUUUCUCCUUCGUAAGGCGAAAUGGAACCCCAGGUCAUGAGUCCUCUCCUCCUGAUCCAGCUCCUGGCGGUGCCCGACGGCGUUUCCGUGUGCCAUUUGUCAGGAAAAUCAACUGGGCAGCUUUGAUCAGAUACUUCAAGAAAUGGAUAAAGAAUCCUGCGAACAUGGCUCUUCUUAUUUGGUUGAUCUUUGUUGCUGCGGGCCUCAUCAUUCUUGGUCUGCUCAUGCUUGGAAUACUAGAUGGAGCAAUACCAAGUAGCUCCCAAAGAAAGAGAUGGACCGAAAUCGUCAAUCAAAUACUAAAUGCACUCUUUACAAUUAUGUGUUUAUAUCAACAUCCAAAAUUGUUCCACCAGCUAGUUCUUCUAUUCAGGUGGGGAUCGCCCGACAAGGUGGAGCUAAGGAAAAUCUACUGCAAGGAUGGAGCGCAGCGACCUCAUGAAAGGGCUCAUAUGAUGCUAGUUGUGAUCCUCCUCCAUCUCACUUGUUUUGCUCAGUAUGUCAUGUGUGGCCUUUACUGGGGUUACACAAGGAAGACCCGACCGGACUGGGCACUAAAUCUCUGCAUUGGAGUAGGAAUUGCAGCACCAGUUAUUGCUGGUGUGUAUACUGUUUAUAGCCCUUUAGGUCGAAGAUACGGCGAGUCCGAAACCGAAGAAGAAUCUCAGCAUCAGGCAGCCACAACUACCCAACCAGAUGAUUCUGAACUGAAGAUAUUUAGCAGAAGGGUUGUGGUAACUAGUCCGGAGUGGAUUGGGGGACUAUUUGAUUGCUGGGAUGACCUCACCGUAUGCUAUCUUUCCUUCUUCUGUACCUUCUGUGUCUUUGGGUGGAACAUGGAAAGGCUUGGGUUCGGCAAUAUGUAUGUUCAUAUAGUCACUUUUAUACUACUCCUCAUUGCUCCUUUCUGGGUCUUUAAUGUGUCUGCCCUCAAUGUCCACGAUGAUACCAUUAAGUACAUAGUGGCGAUAUCCGGCAUAGUGCUGUGUUUCUUUGGGCUACUCUAUGGAGGAUUUUGGAGGAUUCAGAUGAGGAAGAGGUUCAAACUUCCAGCCAAUCCUUUCUGUUGUGGCUAUCCAUCGGUGACUGAUUGCAUGCAGUGGCUCUUCUGCUGGUCAUGCUCACUAGCUCAGGAGGUGAGGACAGGAAAUUUUUAUGAUAUUGAGGAUGAGAGCUUUUAUCAGAAGGUUACCGGUGAGGACGGUCGACAAGUCCUGGUUCCUUUGCCCCGGGAAGGCGGGUCUGGAAUGCGUAGCUACUCUUGCCCACCCAAAAUUGAGCCAGCUAAUCUACAAAUGUCUAGUGAUAUAUCAACAGAUGCUAGGAUUUCAAUUACCCUUGAGAGAUCAUCUACAUCCGGGAAGGUUUAUGCAAUGAGACCACCUCUUCCACCACUAAUUCAACUAGAAGACAGCUAGCUUCAGAAGAAAUAAUGGCUUUGGAAGCAAAUGGUCGGGCAAAAACAUCAGAGUUAGCUCCUAUGCGAGGUAUGAGAACAGAUCUUCCUCUUUGCAGUACAACUUUUGGAAGUUCAAUAAUCUCGCAAAUCUUUAAAACAUGUCAUAGUUCCUUUAUUAUUAAUAUAUCGAUAUAAGAUGGAUUUGUAAGUUAUUAUUUGCAUUUGGUUGGAGACUACACUUGUAAACUUUAUGUUAGUCUCAAAUCAAUUAUCAUACAAUCUUUUUUUGGGGGAAAAGCAUAGAAUAGAUCACUUGGAUCACAACUACACUUUUUCUGCUUGUAAUAACCGUAUACCAUUAUCCGACUGCUGGCACUCCAUUUUUCAAUAAUUCAACAGACAAUGGAAGAAGUUUGAGAAUUGAUUUUUUUUAUAUAUUUUUUCUGAA